AUGAGCAACCAGACGCUCAUCAAACUGCAGAUUGCUACGGGUGACCACUAUUCUGGCUGUGAGCCAGACCUUGCCAAGUAUUGCUGCUCGUGCGAGAAUGACAACCCUGUAAUUAUCCGCGGAUUGUGUCUGGAAUGCGAGUCUUCGCUGCCCGGCUACAUGCCUCGCAUGGUCAAGGAGAUGGCAAAGAACAAGUACGGGGUGAGGGAGAAAGACUUCGGCAAUCUGCACGGUGAAAUUGGUACUUACAAUUCGAUCAUAUGA